ACGAGCGAGUCAACCCAUGGGCUUCGGGCCUGUGCCACCCUUACGCUCUCUCAUUUUCCACUCCCAAAAUUCUCCUUCAAAAAAUAAGCAUCAACAACGGGAAAGAGAGAGCAAGAACUAUUGAUCUCAUCCACACCUGAGAUCAAAUCGGAACCCUAACUCCUUGAAGAAAAUCAUGUGGAGAAGACUUUCUUCCCAGGUUCGGACUCUAAGCCCACUCCGCUCUACCGCUAAAUCCAAUCGUCUUUCCGCCGCCGCCGCCACCUCCCUAUCUUCUUCUCCGGCGACUUCCCGACCUACGGUUCCUUUCAUCUCCCGUCACUUCAGUACUGCUUCUGCGAAUGUUGUUAAGAAAGUAGAGGAUGUAAUGCCAAUUGCUACUGGUCACGAACGCGAAGAGCUUGAAGCUGAGAUUCAAGGAAAGGAUCUUCUCGCCAUUAACUUUCCUGAGGGUCCUUUUGGCACAAAGGAAGCACCAGCUGUUGUUGAAUCCUACUACGACAAAAGAAUUGUAGGAUGUCCAGGAGAUGAAGGUGAAGACGAACAUGAUGUUGUUUGGUUCUGGCUAGAAAAGGGCAAGCCACAUGAAUGCCCAGUAUGUGCACAGCAUUUUGUGUUGAAGGUGGUUGGCCCUGGAGGACCUCCUGAUGGACAUGACGAUGAUGAUCAUCAUCACUGAUAGCACUUGCAACUUUUCUACCGGAAUAAAUCUGGUUCAGAUGAUGAGAGAUUUUCUAACUCUACAAACACAGGAUAAAAAAGUUCUGUGAUUUUGUUUACUUUUAGUGGAUCGGUUGUUCUUACAGCUGCUGUGGCAGCGGUGAAGUUGAAUACUUUUGCUUUUAGAUUUCACUUAGACGUGGCAUGGUCUGUUAGAAUUAGAAACCCAGUUUCUCCAAAUGCAGAGCUCAAUAAUCAAUAGCCACAUAUUUGAUUUUCUUGCAAGUGUUCCCUUUUGUUUUGUUGAAGUGCUCAUGUUGGCACAGCGUGUACUUGAACAAAAUGAUGUUUCAUCAU